AUGGCGUCCCGCAUCGGUCUGCGGAUGGAGCUGAUGAAGCAGCAAGCGCAGCAGGAGGCCGAGAGGGAGCGCAUGCAGCAGCAGAUGAUGAUGAACUACAUGCAGCAGCAGCGGAUGCCGGUGGCUUCCACCCCGGCCAUCAACACCCCCGUCCACUACCAGUCCCCACCACCCGUGCCCGGAGAGGUCCUCAAGGUUCAAUCCUACCUGGAGAACCCCACCACGUACCACUUGCAGAAGUCGCGGGACAAGAAGGUUCAGGCUUAUCUCUCCGAAACCUAUGGGAACAAGUUUGCUGCCCAUGUCAGCCCCCUCAGCCACUCUCCCAAGCCGCCCCCCGCUGCGUCCCCCGGUGUCCGACCCGGCCACGUCAUGUCCUCCUCGGCGGGCAACAGUGCACCCAACAGCCCCAUGGCCAUGCUCAACAUCGGCUCCAACCCCGAGCGGGAGUUCGAUGAGGUCAUUGAUGACAUCAUGCGCCUGGAUGACGUUUUGGGUUAUAUGAACCCCGAAGUCCACAUGCCCAACACGCUGCCGAUGUCCAGCAGUCACAUGAAUGUCUAUAGCGGGGACCCCCAGGUGACGGCCUCUCUCGUAGGUGUCACCAGCAGCUCCUGCCCUGCCGACCUCACCCAGAAGAGAGAGCUGACAGAUGCCGAGAGCCGAGCCCUGGCGAAAGAGCGCCAGAAGAAAGACAAUCACAACCUGAUUGAGAGACGGCGAAGGUUUAACAUCAACGACCGCAUCAAAGAGUUGGGGAUGCUGAUCCCCAAGGCCAAUGACCUGGAUGUGCGCUGGAACAAAGGGACAAUCCUGAAGGCGUCUGUGGACUACAUCAAGAGGAUGCAGAAGGACUUGCAGAGGUCACGAGACCUGGAGAAUCACUCGCGGCGUCUGGAGAUGACGAAUAAGCAGCUACUGCUCCGCAUCCAGGAGCUGGAGAUGCAGGCGCGCGUCCACGGGUUGCCCACCUCCUCACCCUCGGGCGUCAACGUGGCCGAGCUGGCUCAGCAGGUGGUCAAGCAAGAAGCCGGCGGGGACGAGGGGACGCUGGAGCCACUGCUGCCACCUCCGGACCCCGAAUCGCAGCCGCAGCCGGCGUUGCCUCCACCGCCCCAGUCUCCCUACCACCAGCUGGACUUUACCCACAGCCUGAGCUUCGAUGACGGCUCCCGGGGCUUCCCGGACAGCCUGGAGCCCGGCCACAGCGCUUCCUUCCCAUCCCUAUCCAAGAAGGAGCUGGACUUGAUGCUGAUGCAGGACACCAUGCUGCCCCUGGCCUCCGACCCCUUGUUCUCGGCCAUGUCCCCGGAGGCCUCCAAGGCCAGCAGUCGCCGGAGCAGCUUCAGCAUGGAGGAUGCAGACAUGCUGUGACGAGGAGCUGCUCCGACGCCGGGGGCGAGGACUGGACCUUCAAGUUUGGUUAGUGAAGUUACA